AUGGCCUUCAACGCGGUGCCUGUGCCUCAGGCCGGCCAUGUGGCCCGCGGCUACGGCCCCUCGGCUGCAUCCGACUUUGCGAACCCGCCAGCCCACCCCACAGACCUGUCCCCACCGGGCCAGCACCAUGUGGGUCGCUUCAACGAGGACUUCGAUGCCAGUGUCCGCGGCUCCUCCAUUCUCGACGGCGACACCAUCCACCGCUCGUCCUCGCGCGCAUCGCAGCGCUCCCUUGGCGGCGCCGUCGUCUCCCGCAGCGGCACCCUCAAGAAGAAGGGCUCCGUGAGCCGCAAGGGCAGCCUCAAGCGCAGCGGCAGUCGGCGCAGCAUACGCGCCGGCAGCAUCAAGGGCAUGCCCAUGGGCGAUGAGACCACCGAUCCGGAAAGCUUCAACAACAUCUUCAACACACCUGUGCCGACCUCUGGUACUCCGACCGAUAUUUUGGUCAACCGCUUCCAAGCAUGGCGCAAGCUGCUGAAAGAUCUCAUCACCUACUUCCGCGAGGUCCAGUCAUCGUACGAGGCGCGCUCCAAAGCUUUGAUGAAGGUCUCCAACGCCAUCAACAACACCAAUGCGCCUUCGCUUUUCCUGGCCGACGGCGGCAUCAACGACGCGAACAGAAUCCUGCGUGACUAUCACAAGCAGUCCGUCGUUGAAUCAAACAAGGCACGCGAUAUUGAGAGCGACGUUAUCACGCAACUGAGCGGACUGAGGGCCGAUCUGGGAAGCAAAAUCAAAGAGAUCAAGUCACUGUCGGGCGAUUUCAAGAAUUCAGUCGAGAAAGAGAAGGAGGUUACUCGCAAGGCGGUGGCACACCUCGAGGACGCCCUUGCGGCCGUGGACGUUGAUCCCUCAGCUGUUGUGGGCAAAGGAGAUCCGUUCGUGGUAAGAUUGGCGGUGGAUCGCCAAAUUGAAAGGCAGAUCGACGAGGAAAAUUACCUCCAUAGGGCUUACCUCAACCUUGAGGGAUCCGGCCGGGAACUCGAGUCUAUCGUGGUUGGCGAGAUCCAAAAGGCCUACAAUGCACUGGCUGGUGUUCUGAAGCGGGAUGCGGAUGAGGUCUACGACACAGUCGAAAGGCUUCGUGCUGGACCGAUUUCAAUGCCCAAAGACCGGGAAUGGACCCAGUUCGUCGAGCAUGACCCGCACUUUGUCAACCCGCGGACACCCCUGCGACGCAUCGAGGAUAUUGAGUAUCCCGGUAAACAUCAUCCGGCGGCAGCCGAGAUUAGAGCUGGCAUGUUGGAGCGCAAGAGCAAGUAUCUGAAAAGCUAUACCCCUGGAUGGUAUGUUCUGUCGCCGACCCACUUGCACGAGUUCAAGUCAGCGGACCGCAUCUACACCCAACCGCCCGUCAUGUCUCUGUACCUCCCCGACCAGAAACUCGGCACGCACUCUCAACCUGGCUCCUCUUCGCACAAGUUCAUUCUUAAAGGUCGUCAAGCUGGUUCCAUGCAUCGCGGUCAUACUUGGGUCUUCCGUGCCGAGUCCUACGAUACGAUGAAGGCAUGGUAUGAGGAUAUCAAGAGUUUGACGGAAAAGAGUGGGGAGGAACGCAACGCAUUUGUGAGGAACCAUUCCCGGAGCAUCAGUGCGGGAAGCGCGCGGUCGGUUAGCAGCGAUGGCCUGGACGACAACGAAGCGGACGAGGUUCCAUACUCGGCGCAGAACUCGGACGUGGCCAUCAAACAGCAUCCGGCGGCUCCGCGACCGCAACCAGGUGGGCGAUUUCCUUCGGACCUUACGGUCAACCGUGACUUACAAGCUCCACUUUCGCCAUCUAGUGGAAGCUCUGAAGCCGAUCAUCAUGACCUGACGACCGCCGCCGGAGGCUUGCGACACGAGCAGCCCGAAACUUCCGCGUAUUACGGUUCCCACGAAUCGUACCAACCCCAGGAGCAAUACUUUGCCCCUGCUCCUGGCCAAGGCCAAGCGAGCUACCAGCAUCAAUACCCGCCGGCGCAGACUCAGGCCCCGUACGAGGCGCAGCACAUCCAUCAGCCUCAGCCCCAGCAGGUAUACCCCGCCCAAGCAUCCCUCAACCCAGCGAACGAGCCUGACCUGAGAAGGCACAACAGUACAACUACAUAUAGUAACUGGCUCACGCCCGCCGCGGGCGGUGCCGCGGCUGGUGCUCUGGGAGCAGAGGCAUACAUGAAACCAAAGGAGAACCCAGGUCCAAGCGAAGCCCCCAAGGAUACCCAGGAAGAACCCUCGAGUCCCUUGGAACCUGCACCUGGGAUGACCGCUGCAUCAGCAGUGUCAUUCCCAAGCAGCACAAGGACCUCCUCCUACGCAGAUACCCUCGACUCCGAAGCGCCAGCAAUGGCGACGACCGUAGCGGCCGACAGCGGUCACCCAGCUACGAUUUUUGCGAAUGCAGCGGCAGCCAACGGAGCCACAAACGGCAACGCUAAACGGCCCUCGGGCGCUGGGCGCAACCACACCGAUGUCAGUGUGAGCCAGUUGCACGUGCCUGGUGAAUACCCAAGGACCCCGAUGUCGCAGUAG